AUGAAAAAGGGCUCGUUUAUCUCCAUUAACCCCAAUGGCCGUGUCCCUGCCAUUGAGGACCCGAACACAUGGAUCACCCUAUGCGAGUCUGAUGCCAUUGUGGUAUAUCUCGUCGAGACCUACAAUAAAGGCUGGAAGAUCAGCUUUCAGCCCGGCAGCCCCGAAUACUUCCAUGCAAAACAAUGGCUGCAUUUCCAGAUGUCUGGCCAGGGACCUUAUUUCGGCCAGUGGGCGUGGCUUAAGUAUGUUCACCCAGAGAAAUUCCAGAGCGCCCAGGACCCUUAUAUGGACGAAACCAAGAGGGUGUCCGGGGUGCUGGACAAAUUCCUCGAAGGCCGUGAGUACUUGGUCGGAGGAAGUACAGCUAUUGCGAUAGCGCGUUCAUUCCCUGACCUGUCGUCGCCAAAAUUCUCAAAGACCAAAAAGAAACUGCUGCCACCCAACCAACAGAGAAAUGACGACGAUGCCCCAGGUGAUGUGAUCAAUGCUUCCGAAUCGCAAUCUCGUCAAGAAUCUCCUGAAAAGAAUCCUUCGGGGGCUGAUAAUCCGUUAGAUGCUCCCGCCUCCCCCAAAGCACAAAAUGCCGAUGGCGAACUCGAAGAUGAGGAGAUGGGCGGCACCGAAACCGAGACAAAGAAAGAGAAUGAUGGUGGAGACGAAGGCGUUGAUGGCUCUGCACAGGCGGGCGCAGAAGGUGCGACUGAAGAACAACCUGCGCAGGCCAAGUCAACGAUCGAAAACUCCGCGCGCUCCCACCUCAUUUCCCAAACACAUGCCAUCAUCCUCCCCAGCUACUCCACAUGGUUCGACAUGCACGCGAUUCAUCCGAUAGAGAAGAAGGCUCUGGCGGAAUUCUUCAACGGCAGAAACCGAAGCAAGACCCCCGCAGUCUAUAAAGAUUACCGGGAUUUCAUGAUCAACACCUACCGAUUGAACCCUAUCGAGUACCUCACAGUGACUGCAUGCCGACGCAACCUUGCUGGCGAUGUGUGUGCGAUCAUGCGUCUUCAUUCAUUCCUCGAGCAAUGGGGACUUAUUAACUAUCAAGUGGAUCCCCAAACACGGCCGUCGAACAUCGGACCUCCUUUCACUGGUCACUUCCGAGUCAUUGCUGAUACGCCACGUGGGCUUCAGCCUUUCCAACCUGGGCCGAGCCACUUCGUUAAGCCCGGAAAACCUUUGCCUGCAACUGAACGUGCCGCCUCUGCUACUCCGGCAUCUAAGGCUGACCUGAAUCUGGAAAUUCGGCGCAACGUCUACGACGACAAGGGGAAAGAGAUUACUCCUGCAGCUGACGAUAAGGAAAAGCAGACUAACGGUGAAGGUGCCAAUGGGACGGCGGCUGACUCGGCCAACAAGGCGAUGGAAUCCGCCUCCAAGGAGCCUAGAAAGAAAUUCCACUGCUUCUCUUGCGCUAUCGACUGCACCCGCCUCCGAUUCCACUAUGCUAAGUCGACCCCGGCUACUGCUAACCCAUCUGGCGCGGAUUCCAAAUACGACCUUUGCCCGAAUUGCUUCUUGCAGGGCAGAAUGCCAUCCAGUCACAAUGCCUCUGAUUUCGUUAAACUUGAAGAAAGCACUUACUCGGUUGUGCCGGAUAAAGAUGCCCCGUGGUCUGAUGCGGAACUCGUGCUCCUGCUAGAAGGGCUAGAGAAUUUCGAUGAAAACUGGGACCAGAUUGCCAGCCAUGUUGGCACCAGGACCCGGGAAGAAUGCGUGAUGAAGUUCUUGCAGUUGGAGAUAGAGGAUAAGUACAUCGAAGACGUACCGGAAAUGCGGGUGGCAACCGGACGAGAGCCCAUCAGUCAGGCCGAAAACCCAGUCUUGUCGGUGGUAGCCUUCCUGGCCCAGAUGGCCGAUCCCGCUGUGGCUGCCGCUGCUGCUGGUCGCUCCGUGGAGGAAAUCCGCAAACAGCUUCGGAAGCAGCUCGAGAAGGGCUCGGGAGCGGACAAGGGAAAGGAGAAGGAAGGCGCGGGAGUGAAGUCUGAGGACUCCAUGGAUGUGGAUGCUUCCCGUGAAGAUGCACCUGCAGAGGUUGUGGAAUCUACCAACUCUGAAAAGCAGCCUAAGUCCUCGUUGCCAACCGUUGCUCUGGCCGCCUCUGCUGCCCGUGCCGGUGCGCUUGCUUCGCACGAAGAACGGGAGAUGACGCGCCUGGUCUCCGCCGCAGUCAACGUUACCCUCCAGAAGUUCGAGAUAAAACUACAACAAUUCAACGAGAUGGAGGAAAUCAUCGAAGCCGAACGCCGCGAACUUGAAUUGGCUCGUCAGCAGCUCUUCCUGGACCGCAUGUCUUUCAAGAAAAGGGUCAAGGAAGUGCAGGACACCCUGCAAGCUAUCAGUCUCAAAGCACCUGGCGAGGAGACUAACAGUUUGAUUGCUGACGCUGUGACGGCGGGUAUUGGUAACCAUUACAACUUCCAGCCUGCAACUGGUGAUGCGAGAGCAGACGUGCGGCCCUUGAGCGCUGAGGCGGUCGCCGAUUACAAGACACUGGAUCUGUAA